GUCAGUCUCACAAGUUUGCGAUCUCAAUUCUGGAUAUGUUUGACGCAGGCAUAUCACUAAACCCCAAUGAAAGCGAAAUCGACAAGCCCAGGAAUUUCAUAAGGCAGACUGCAACCUCCUCCGCCUCUUCGAAUUCAUUAUACCAUUGUCCAUAUUCUUCAUCUGUCGAGAGCAGGCGAAUAUCUCGGAAGAAUGAUCGAGGCUAUGGACGAACCCGUUCAAGCAGACGGCUCUUCGGCACUAGGGUCAAUGCUUUCGAUGAAAUUGAGCGAUUGGGCUGGGGUUCUUCCAGUCUGCACACGAUAAAUUGAUAUCCAAGGAUCACCAUUGCUGCUGCUGUUGCUGUUGCUGUUUAGUGAGCUCCCGUCAUGCUAACUAUAUGAAUAUGGAACAAAAAAUCAAGCAUCUGGUAGCGCUUAAGGUGAACAGAGGGCUACACCAUUGGUAUUGUUGACGUCAUACCUCCGCUGCCCCACACAAACCCUACCCGUCCAAAAUUUUCAGUCCCGAACUUCCCCCAUCUGGUCCCCCC